AUGGCAAAUUACAAUCGAACAGAUGCCUGCCUUUCUCUGGACGAUGAUGCGGAGAACAUCGAUGCCCGCGGGUGGGAAGUACAGACAUGCAUGGAAAUGACCACCCCAAUCUGCGCAAACGGCGAGACGGACAUGUUCAAACCACAGGCCUGGGAUCCUCUGGCCUUCGCCGAGCACUGUGAGACCGCCUACGGCGUUCGGCCUCGGAUGAGUUGGGCGGAUGUCAGCUUUUGGGGCAAAAACUUGCACUCACUGACCAAUGUUAUCUUCAGUAAUGGAGACUUGGACCCCUGGUCCGCAUUCGGUGUUCUCGAGGACAGUCGGGCUCCGAACGUGGAUAUUAUUCGUAUCGCCACUGGAGCCCACCAUCUGGACCUACGGGGUAGCCACCCCAACGAUACCGCCGAGGUGAAAUACGCCAGGGCUCUAGAGAAGGAUAUAAUUGAAAAGUGGAUCCGCGAAUGGCCUUCAGCUAGAAAAGGAGUACCCUUCUCAGAUCCCUGUGGUGGAUUUUGA